AUGGUGGAGAUGGAGGAAGUUGUUGAGGGGUUUGUGGUAUUGUGGGGUUGUUUUGGGGUGGUGGUUGGGGGGGGUGUUGUGUGGGUUGGGGGGGUGGGGGGUGGUUUGGUGUGGGGGUUAGUGUUGUUGGUGUUUGUUUUGGGGGGGGGUGGUUUGGUGAGGAUGGGUGGUUGUUGGGGUGUGGGGGUGUGGGGGAGGUUGUGUUUAUGGUUUGUGGGAUGGGGUGGGGGGGGUAGUUUAUUAUUGAUGUUUGGUUUGUGGGGUUGGAUGGGGAUGGGGGGGGUUGUGAUGUUAUGA